AGGCGUAAGUUUCAAUAAUCAUAAGGCGUUAUCACUCUUACAUUCUAGAUUUCGAUGGAUCCAGGUGUUUCUCAGUUAGCGAUUGAAUGCCAACAUAUAAGUAAUGUGACGAAAGAACUCGAGUUUCUCUCACUAUUGCUCACACACGCUACAUCUUACAAUAUUAUGGAAAUCAGUAAUUUAAAUAGUAAUAUGCCUGAAACAAGCGGCAUGAAAACAUUCUUCAGGAUUUUAAGUCGUAUAUGCAGGGAUUGUGGAGGCAUUUGGACAGUAAACGAAGAGUUGGACUGGUUGGUAUUCUAUUUAUUUGCUCGUUGCUACGGAUGGAGCGACAUUGAUUUAAAUGAUGUGCGAUCCCAGAUGCUGGUACCAUCAACGGGACAUAGGUAUAGAAACGUAUCAAAAGAUGAAGAGCUGAGAAUGAAAGAUAAAGUCAUCCAAAUCACCACGGAGCUAAUUUAUUUGAUAAGAAGUCUUCCCCUUUCUCUGGCUGGUUUAAAAAUGCUCAUCAGUUCUAUGAAUUUAGCUCGUGGAAUGCACCAUACUCGAAAGCAAAUAGCGUUACAUGCUAUCGAUUGGUUGACGUUUGGAUUACAAACGGAUGGGGGAGGUGUGAAGGCGACUACAAGUCCUAGAUUCACUCAGAAAAUUUCUACAACACAGCCAUUUCUACCAGAAGAUUCAACUCCAGAAAGCAUGUUUAUGACGGUAAAAGACCUUAUUUGGAAUUGUUGUACCGAUAAUAAUCGUAGUAUCCGAAUGGGGACUUUGGGACAAUUAUAUAUCCUGUUUGGAGAACUUUCGACAAAUACUAUUAUACGAUUGAUCAAGCUAUCAGUUGAGAUAUUGGAGAAACCAGAAGUCUGUGCUAGUGAAGUAACUGAAGGUGUCAUAGAUAUACUUAAUGUUUUGCUGAGAAGGCUGGUGCCCAGCGAGCAAUUAUGUAGUUCAAGGACAUCAUUAUCUGGAAACACACUAAUGUCAAAAACGAAUCUUUCUGCCUAUAAAUUUUCAGAGGAGUACGUUCAGAAUCAGUUGUUUCCAAGACUGAGUACGAUGAUUACCAACUUGUUUCAGAGUAAUCACUUCAAUGUACGCAAAGCUGCAGUCAGAGUUUAUCUAACCUGCCUCAGUCGAUGUUCGAAUGAAACAUUUAAAGAAGUUCUUCUUCAAACUGUAAAUGAUUUAUGCAUGAACGCGGAUAAGCAAUCUGAAACCUACCAAGAUAAAUCACCCUCAAAUUUCGAAAGCUGGAAAAGUAACCCAUAUUUCAAUGAAAGUCUCCUAACUCUUUGUCGAUCUUUAAUUAAGAAAGUUGGUGAAACCAAUCUGCCUUCGAAUACUGGGGACUUACAGAACUGUUUAGUUAAUUUUUAUUUGGGUCAUUCAUCUCAAUAUGUCCGCGAUAGUGCAUGCAGUCUGUACCUGACAUUGUUCAUCAGUGCAUCAAAAAAUCCCAAUCGUAUUCGUUAUCUAUUGAAUAAAAUAUUGGAGAAGUGGCAAGUUAAGCAAGAUGUGUUAUCACCUCUUUCAAAACUACUAAUUCAAAUAAACGAAACGGAAACUAUCACACCGCGUGAAAUACCUUUGACUGUGAGCUCCAAAUUAAGUUGGACAUGGCGUGAGGGGCGCAUGCGCAUGUACUAUUUAGUCGCACGCUCAUUAGUUGGGCUUCAUCUUAAAGCUCUUCACGAAUUAGAUGCUGAUGGUUAUAACCCAAUGAAUUCUGAAGACUUUUGUAUCAGCCCAACCUUUACAGAUGAUUUUCCUCAAAGAACCUUAUAUACAUCAUCAAAUAAUAAUUUACACCAAUUUGGCUUCAGUCCUGUGCCAAAAUCAAUUCCUCCCGCUCUUGUUUCAAAUCCAGAUCGUCGAGCUCCAGUUAUUAAAUCAUCAGCAUCGUCACAACCUGUAGAAAGUUCACCAACGCUCUUUCAACAGGGGGCAAAAUUAAGCUCUCCACAAACGUCCAUUUAUUUAACAGUUUUGGAAAAUAUCCGAAUGCUCGACAACGAAAGAAAUGAUAAACAGACGGAUAGCAAAACUCAGUCGUGGAUCAAACGUCUAAGUAUAGUGUCAGGAUUAACUUCAACGAGUAAAACAAAUGUCGGUCAUUCAGAGUUAAAUUCUAUCAGCAUGAAAUCUAUGUCAUUCAAUAUAUUACGAUUAGCUGUAGAGUGUACAUUAGAUGAGAACAAUGGUCUACGUCAUUCGGCCCAAAAAGCCAUUAAUGAUGUCGGAAGGCUAAUACGAUGGUAUGAUGCUGAUCUUUUGUUGGAAAUGAUUUCGUUGCAUAUGGUAGGUCCGCCAACUAUGAUGUCGUAUGCAACUUUAAAGAUUUUACGUGAUGGUCUAUCUGAAUUAUGCAUGUAUGAUGAAAUUUUACAAAAAGAAGAGGAAGAACCUGGUUUCACUGAAAAAUAUGCGAUUUCGGGAACUGUUCCGAUUUUAAAUGUAGCAUUGCUUUAUGGUUUGUUUUCGCCGGAUAGAUCAAGACUGUGGCUUCAAUGUUGCCAGCAAUAUAUUCUGGAUAGCACAAUGGCUCUUUUUAUCAGUACUUUAUCAAUAGAAUGUGCUUUGAGAACUCUUUGUCUCGUACACAGAUUGUCUAAUCUAUCACUCGUAGCAUGCACCUGGGAAAAUAUGAGGCCUAAUCCUUUUUCAAAUCUGCCAUACGCACAACGUAAACUAGAUCUAGAUGCGAGAGAUGUAGUAGAAUGUAUUAAAGGCGUUGUCGAAUUCGCUCAACGCAUAGACGUGAAACUUGGACCUACAAAUGAACCAAUACUGAAUGUUGUCAAUUUCCACAAAAUGAUGAUAACCCAGAAGCCAUAUUUAUCAUGUUUACAGCUCCCUCAAUCAACUGCAAAGUGUUCACUUACAUAUUUCGUCCUCAAGCUGGUUACUAAACUGGAGUCUGUUAUAUAUUCUUAUAUACCACCAUCCGUAAAUUCGAGUCGGCCUAAUCCAGACGUUCGUAUGACUGGUGGUCUUCUUUUAUCCCCAAUAUUGCCAUACCUUAUCACGUGGCCAUUAGCUCUUCUUCCUCCUAGCUUGGAUAAAACUUUAGGGAAUCCAUCAAAGGAGGCGAGGAUACUUGCUCUUCGUAAACUACUUCGCCUAAUUGCAGCUAUAAUACUUGCAUUGCCGAUCACAAAUAAGCCUGAAUUUUCAAAAAGUGAAUCAAGUGCAAUAAAAGGUAAUGCAUUGCUAAAAGAGCUUGCAUCAAUUGCUGAACAUUCUGUUGAAUUAGAAACUGUUGUCAGUGCUUGUUUUACUCAGUUGGAAAAUCUUGUUUCUCAAUUAAAUCAAUAUUACGAACCUACCCGAAUAUGUACUACUACCUCAUGGUGGUGGAUCCGUGCACUAUGUGAACAUUUACCUCGACUUAUGCAAGUCGCUCCAUUUUCCAAUCCUGUAAACAUAUUACGUCUUCUAAUCGAAGAUGUUAAAAGGAAAUCUAUAUUAUCAACAAAUACCAAACAAAAUACUGGUCACCAGACGGCGGAACCAACAAAAUGGUCGAGAGCACUUGAAUACGGUCUUCAGGAAGCCAAAUCUAAAAUAAGAGUAAAAGAAGGCAGUGGAGCGUUAAAGUACCAAUGGCCUAAGGUUGGUGAGAUUUUACAAGCUAAAGAAACUAUAGAAAAACAGUAUAUACUGGAAAGCAAAAGUGAGAAAAAAUCACCGACAAGAUCACUCUCAUCUCAUAUCAUAGAUACUGCUCCUUCCCCAAUAGAUGAAGAACAACAUCGUUUCUUUGUAACGAGCGAUAACGAAGAAGAAGACGUUUGCAUUCUACAUGAAGAAGUAGAUACUUCCUCUCUUUCUGAUAAUGAUGAUGAUGAAGAAGAGCAAGAACAAGAAAUUAAAGAUAAUUUAUUACAUAAACAAGAGAAGGUCCGCAGCCUAACGGUUACCCGUAGCAAGUGAGCAGAGUAUAACACGGAAAACGUUUACAUUUGUAACUGGCCACUAAAAACUUUGCCGGUCUUUUAUUAGAUAACGUCAUCCAGCUGUUACUUCAAGCAAUUGAGCGUUAAUAAUUCCCGAUGUUUACAUUAUUAGAGAUGAUUUAUGCAAAAACACUUGUUAUAUUCUACGUAUCAGAUAUCUCUUUGUAGUGUUCCUUCUGGAUUGGUACUCCGCUCUUUGUCAUUUCAUUAUAGAGGGUUGAUGAGUAAGGUAUUAUCGCACUUUAUUACAUAAACUUAUUGAUUAUUAUACAAUACAGAAGUAUUUGACCGAAUGGUUUACUUCAAGAUGAUCCGGUGUUUAAUCUGUCUUUGAUUAGACUCAACAUUCCCCGGAAAGUUUAAAUUUUAUAUACAGAGUAGAAUAAGUUAACGUGUGCCAACGUUAUUCAUUAAGCAAUUUAAUGCGAGGUAACCCAUAAAUUCAUUAUGGUUUACUCUUGAAACUGCACCAAACUGGUUUUUAUAUCUCAAGGUACUAGUCAACAACUAUUCACUCAUAUAAUCCUCACUAGUAACCAUCAAGUUGAUUUUUAUUUAGAAUAAAUCAGUAUUUUUUUAGUUUCAUUUAAACCUAUUCUUGGUAAUUAUUACUCUGAAAUUACCUAGUAAGUAAUUCUUACAAAAAACACUUUUUGUAUCAUGGUUUAAUUCACCUAUGAACCCCGUUCGUACGUAAAUCGCAAUCGCAUUUACCUUACUAUGUAACCUUUAUCAUUUAAUAUAAAAUUUUAUUACUUCUGCGUAUAUUUAACAUAACAAGAAAACCAAUUGAACUAAAUACUGUCGGUCUGUCAAAAGUUUGCGUUAAGUUUUGGUAUGAGGACAGCUAACCAGUCAAUUGUUUUUUAUUUAUUUCUAGAUUUUAUAUUCCUAUAAAAGCUGAACCGAUAGAAACACCACCAGCUAUAGAAGAUGUACAUGAGUUGAUUGAACGUGUGCUCCAGUACUGUCGACCAGAUAUUGUAACAACUGUACGUCAGAUCUUGUCAGAUUUUGAUUCACUAAACACUUCAUCACUAGAAAAGUCAAUACGGAUUCAAGAAAGUGUUUUAGGACAUACUAAAGCUCCUGUUAUACAAUGAACAACGUUUUGUGUUUCACUACCGUACAUACUGAAUAAAGAUCUUGUCACUUGCAACUAUAACAAAGGCAAAAUCAAUUCAGUUUAAAAUGAAAUAAGUGUAUACGAACUGUUUAGUAUUCUUACAUUUGAAUCAUUUUGCAUAUAAUAUUUAGUUAUAGCUCCUCUAUUGUCUGAUUUUAACGAUUCUGUAUUUCCUUGGGAUAAUUAUAGCAGUGAUAGACUGUUACUUAAUGUGCUUUUACAGUCAAGUUUUCUGUUAUUGUUGUUUUGUUUUCCUUCUCUUCAGUUUUUCCUUAAAUAUUUAUUUCCUUAGCUUACUUAGUAAUUUCUUUAUCGACUACUAGAAAUGAACUAAUAUAUGUACUUAAUAAUUUGUUUGUUAUUAGAAUCCUAUCUUUUAUGACGAUUGGUGAUUACGAUGGUAACAGUUUAUUAACAAUAGUGAUUACUUUUGUUGCAAAAAUUUGGUAUCAUCCGAAUGUCAAAGUUCUAUUUAAUUUCGUUUUACUAGUUUCUUACAAAUCCCCUGUAAUUCCGAUUGUUAAGCGUGAUUAUUGAUGCAGUAUCGAAGAUACUGCAUCAAUUAACUAGGAUAACAUCUAUUUAAGGAUUUUAGUCUAGAGUAGUUGGUCUACUAUUUUUAUGUAACGUGCUCUCCUAAACUUUUCUCAAGUUAUAGUGUAUAGGUCGUACAAUUUUUGUCCUGUAUUUUGUGUGGGAAGACGUCUGCAAGCGAAUAAUUCGGCUUACACUAGCUAAAAUGUCUAGAAUACUUGAGUGUUCUCCACCAUUUACUAUUCGGACGUAGUGAGUUUUACGGUGACAUGUUUAUGGUCUGGCAACUGAACAAUAAUAAUUAUAUCUACCGAUAUACCAGAAAUAUUCGGUGAUAGGACCGUAUUCACUUUUGAGCAUUAUAAAGCACUGUGAUUUAUUGGUGAAAUUUGCGUAUGCACUGCAAACAGUCACAUGCUUUCAAAAAGUAACGCAAAUAAAAAUAUUUAUAUCUAACUCAAAAUAAAUGAUGUUUCAUGUCAUC